GCGAUGGUGUUGCCCGGCGAAACCGCUCCGAAUUUUCAGGCUAACGCCGUAAUGCCAAACAACGAAGUCAAACAGUUGGACUUCCACCAAUCCGCAAAGGGCGCUUACUCAGUGCUGUUCUUUUGGCCGUUCGACUUCACGUUCGUGUGUCCCACCGAGAUCAUAGCGUUCAACGAGGCGCUCGCCGAGUUCGAGAAGCGCGGCGUGAAGGUCUUCGGCUGCUCAAUCGACUCGGUUUUCGUGCAUUCCGCCUGGAAAGCGACGCCUCCGAACAAAGGCGGCGUUGGCGAUGUGCAGUUCCCGAUGAUUUCGGACGUCUCGCACGAAAUCAUGCACGCGUACGGCUGCGUGAACCGCGCGGAGCACACUGCGUUCCGCGGGCUUUUUGUGAUGGACCGAGAGCUAGUCGUGCGCCACGCGCUCGUGAACGACGCGCCACUAGGUCGCAGUGUCCCGGAGGUGCUGCGCAUCAUCGACGCGCUGCAGCACCACGAGAAGCACGGUGAAGUCUGCCCCGCCAACUGGAAGCGCGGCGAGCGCGCGAUGAAGCCGAGUGCGCAAGGUGUAGCUAAUUAUUUAAGCGAGCUCGCGAAGCCAUAA